GAAAAGACCCAGGAAGAGGAAAAGAGGAUGGAGCCUCAACCACCAGCAGGAUUUUUAAAAGGCUGUCUAACUAUUUGAAUGUGAAAACCUUUGCAUCUUCUGAUAGUCUAGCCAAGGUCCAAGAAGUAGCAAGCUGACUUUUGGAAAUGAAUCAGGAACUGCUCUCUGUGGGCAGCAAAAGACGAAGAACUGGAGGCUCUCUGAGAGGUAACCCUUCCUCAAGCCAGAUAGAUGAGGAACAGAUGAAUCGCGUGGUGGAGGAGGAACAGCAGCAGCAACUGAGACCACAAGAGGAAGAGCACACUGCAAGGAAUGGUGCAAUUGUUGGUGUAGAACCUCGACCUGGAGACCAAAAUGAUUCCCAGCAAGGACACUUGGAAGAAAACAAUAAUCGAUUUAUUUCAGUAGAUGAGGAUUCCUCAGGAAACCAAGAAGACUAUGAGGAAGAUGAAGAACAUGCUGGUGAACAAGAUGAGGAGGAUGAGGAGGAGGAGGAAAUGGACCGGGAGAGUGAUGAUUUUGAUCAGUCUGAUGACAGUAGCAGAGAAGAUGAACAUACACAUAGUAACAGUGUCACGAACUCCAGUAGCAUUGUGGACUUGCCCAUUCACCAACUCUCUUCCCCGUUCUAUACAAAGACAACAAAAAUGAAAAGGAAGUUGGACCAUGGGUCUGAGGUCCGCUCUUUUUCUUUGGGAAAGAAACCAUGCAAAGUCUCAGAAUAUACAAGUACCACUGGGCUUGUACCAUGUUCAGCAACGCCAACAACUUUUGGGGACUUUUGAGCAGCCAAUGGCCAAGGGCAACAGCGACGUAGAAUUACAUCUGUCCAACCACCAACAGGCCUCCAGGAAUGGCUGAAAAUGUUUCAGAGCUGGAGUGGACCAGAGAAAUUGCUUGCUUUAGAUGAACUCAUUGAUAGCUGUGAGCCAACACAAGUCAAACAUAUGAUGCAAGUAAUAGAACCCCAGUUUCAAUGAGACUUCAUUUCCUUACUCCCUAAAGAGUUGGCACUUUAUGUGCUUUCAUUCCUAGAACCCAAAGACCUGCUACAAGAGGCUCAGACAUGUCGCUACUGGAGAAUUUUGGCUGAAGACAACCUUCUUUGGAGAGAGAAAUGCAAAGAAGAAGGAAUUGAUGAACCAUUGCACAUCAAGAGAAGAAAAGUCAUAAAACCAGGUUUUACACACAGUCCGUGGAAAAGUGCAUACAUCAGACAGCACAGAAUUGGUACUAACUGGAGGCGAGGAGAACUCAAAUCUCCUAAGGUACUGAAAGGACAUGAUGAUCAUGUGAUCACAUGCUUACAGUUUUGUGGUAACCGAAUAGUUAGUGGUUCUGAUGACAACACUUUAAAAGUUUGGUCAGCAGUCACAGGCAAAUGUCUGAGAACAUUAGUUGGACAUACAGGUGGAGUAUGGUCAUCACAGAUGAGAAACAAUAUCAUCAUUAGUGGAUCUACAGAUCGCACUCUCAAAGUGUGGAAUGCAGAGACAGGAGAAAGUAUACACACCUUAUACGGGCAUACUUCCACUGUGCCUUGUGUGCAUCUGCAUGAGAAAAGAGUUGUUAGCGGUUCUCGAGAGGCCACUCUUAGGGUUUGGGAUAUUGAGACAGGCCAGUGUUUACAUGUUUUGAUGGGUCAUGUAGCAGCAGUCCGCUGUGUUCAAUAUGAUGGCAGGAGGGUUGUUAGUGGAGCAUAUGAUUUUAUGGUGAAGGUGUGGGAUCCAGAGACUGAGACCGGUCUACACACGUUGCAGGGGCAUACUAAUAGAGUCCAUUCAUUACAGUUCGAUGGCAUCCAUGUGGUGAGUGGAUCUCUUGACACAUCAAUCCGAGUUUGGGAUGUGGAGACAGGGAACUGCAUUCACACGUUAACAGGGCACCAGUCAUUAACAAGUGGAAUGGAACUCAAAGACAAUAUUCUUGUUUCUGGGAAUGCAGAUUCUACAGUUAAAAUCUGGGAUAUCAAAACAGGACAGUGUUUACAGACAUUGCAAGGUCCCAACAAGCAUCAGAGUGCUGUGACCUGUUUACAGUUCAACAAGAACUUUGUAAUUACCAGCUCAGAUGAUGGAACUGUAAAACUAUGGGACUUGAAAACGGGUGAAUUUAUUCGAAAUCUAGUCACAUUGGAGAGUGGGGGGAGUGGGGGAGUUGUGUGGCGGAUCAGAGCCUCGAACACAAAGCUGGUGUGUGCAGUUGGGAAUCGGAAUGGGACUGAAGAAACCAAGCUGCUGGUGCUGGACUUUGAUGUGGACAUGAAGUGAAGAGCAGAAAGAUGAAUUUGUCCAAAUGUGUAGACGAUAUACUCCCUUCCCUUCCCCCUGCAAAAAAGAAAAAAAGAAAAAGAAAAAAUGUCCCUUGUUCUCAGUGGUGCAGGAUGUUGGCUUGGGGCAACAGAUUGAAAAGACCUACAGACUAAGAAAGGAAAGAAGAGACAACAAAGCAUAACUGACGAGAGAGGCAUCUGCUGGCUGUUCACUGGUGACUGAGGGCAGCCUUGCAAAGUGAGACUUUCUAAAUCAAACUAGGUGCAAUUAUUUCUUUAUUUUCUUCUCCAGUGGUCAUUGGGCAGUGUUAAUGCUGAAACAUCAUUACAGAUUCUCCUAGCCUGUUCUUUUACCACUGACACCUAGACAGGAACUGCAAUAACAUCAAAACAAGUACUGGUUGACUUUCUAAUUAGAGAGCAUCUGCAACAAAAAAGUCAUUUUUUUCUGGAGUGGAAAAGCUAAAAACAAAACUACUGUGAAUUGUUUUUGUACAGUUAUCAUGAAAAGCUUCCCCCCCUUUUUUCUUUUCUUUUUUUCUUUUUUGCCAACCAUUGCCAAUGUCAAUCAAUCACAGUAUUAGCCUCUGUUAAUCUAUUUACUGUUGCUUCCAUACACACUCUUCAAUGCAUAUGUUGCUCAAAGGUGGCAAGUUGUCGUGGGUUCUGUGAGUCCUGAGAUGGAGGUAAUUCUUGAUGCUGGUGCUAGAAGUAGGUCUUCAAAUAUGGGAUUGUUGUCCCACCCCUGUACUGUACUCCCAGUGGCCAAACUUAUUUAUGCUGCUAAAUGAAA